CGCCCCUCCCCUCCCUGCGCGAAGCUCAAGCUUUCUCUGUGGUGUCUCUCCAGCCUUCCCACCUCGCAGCUUCCCGUCCAUCCAGCCUGCACGAUCCCCCCCUUCUCCCCUGCAACAUGGCUACGGUGGUUACCUCGACCCGCUUCACGGAUGAAUACCAGCUCUACGAGGAACUCGGGAAGGGCGCCUUCUCUGUGGUGAGGCGCUGCGUGAAGAAGUCCACGGGGCAGGAGUACGCCGCCAAAAUCAUCAACACCAAAAAGCUGUCGGCCAGAGAUCAUCAGAAAUUGGAGCGCGAGGCGAGAAUCUGUCGUCUGCUCAAACAUCCAAACAUAGUUCGACUUCACGACAGCAUUUCAGAGGAGGGCUUCCAUUACCUCGUCUUUGACCUGGUCACCGGCGGGGAGCUGUUUGAAGACAUCGUCGCCAGAGAGUAUUACAGCGAGGCAGACGCCAGCCACUGCAUCAGUCAGAUCCUGGAGAGCGUGAGCCACAUCCACCAGCAUGACAUCGUGCACCGGGACCUGAAGCCAGAGAAUCUUCUCCUCGCCAGUAAGAUGAAGGGAGCAGCGGUCAAGCUGGCCGACUUCGGCCUGGCCAUCGAAGUGCAGGGAGACCAGCAGGCCUGGUUCGGCUUCGCGGGGACUCCAGGGUAUCUGUCGCCAGAGGUGCUGAGGAAGGACCCGUACGGCAAGCCGGUGGACAUAUGGGCUUGCGGUGUGAUCCUGUACAUCCUGCUGGUGGGCUACCCCCCCUUCUGGGAUGAGGACCAGCACAAACUGUACCAGCAGAUCAAAGCCGGAGCCUACGACUUCCCAUCGCCGGAGUGGGACACGGUGACCCCCGAGGCCAAAAAUCUGAUCAAUCAAAUGUUAACCAUCAACCCUGCGAAAAGGAUCACGGCCGACCAGGCCCUCAAACAUCCCUGGGUCUGCCAACGCUCCACUGUGGCCUCCAUGAUGCACCGCCAAGAGACCGUAGAGUGUCUGCGCAAGUUCAACGCCAGGAGGAAACUGAAGGGAGCCAUUCUCACCACCAUGCUCGUGUCCAGGAACUUCUCUGUGGGACGGCAGCACACAAGUCCCGCCGCCACCACCAGCACCGCCGCCAUGGCGCAAGAAGCUUGCAAAACCUUAUUGAACAAAAAGUCGGACGGCGUGAAGGAAUCGCAGACCACUGUCGUGCACAACCCAGCUGACGGUAUCAAGGGCUCGACGGAGAGCUGCAACAACGCUGAAGAGGAGGAGAUGAAAGGUAGGAAAGGCCGUAAACAAGAGAUCAUCAAGAUGACCGAGCAGCUGAUUGAAGCCAUCAACAAUGGCGACUUUGAGGCCUACACGAGAAUCUGUGAUCCGGGCCUGACCUCCUUUGAGCCGGAAGCUCUGGGCAAUCUGGUGGAGGGCAUGGACUUCCACAAGUUCUACUUUGACAACCUGUUGAGCAAGAACAGCAAGCCGGUGCACACCACCAUCCUCAACCCUCACGUGCACCUGAUGGGCGAAGACGCAGCGUGCAUCGCCUACAUCCGCCUGACGCAGUUCAUGGACGGCCAAGGCCACCCGCGCUCAUGCCAGUCGGAGGAGACGCGCGUGUGGCAGCGCCGCGACGCCAAGUGGCUCAACGUCCACUUCCACUGCUCGGGAGCUCCCGCCGCGCCGCUGCAGUGAACUCCAUGUGCGCUUGUCUUCAAUCUGAUUGGGGGAGCAUCGUCUCUCGGCCGUGCUCGCAAGCAUCCUGGCCUGGAACAAGAGGGGUAACAACAUACAAGAUGACGAUGACACAAAUACAACAACGACAAUGAUGUCAAAGGAGGGAAUAAACCAACAAAAAGACACACAAAAAUUAGCUUGGCUGAAGGAGCAGGAGGCCCACCAACGGACCGGUGCGGUUCUUCCGUUUGGAUGGUGCAUGUUUGUGGAGGGCACACGCGUUCGAUGCCGUCGCCCCUGUCCACACCGUCCCCUUAUCAUUGUCUUCUUGCACACACACACACACGCACGCACACACACACACCCAACAAGAGUUGUGAGGCACUAACAAGAAUCAAGCAUAAACGUCCAAUUCGGACUCUGUUUAGUCGCGUUACCUAAAGGGACCAUCAUUGUUUUUUUUUUAUCAUAACGAUUCUUUUUUACUUCUAUUAGUGGUUUUUUUAUGUAUUUUAACACACUUUGGGGAAUUCUAUUUAAUGUGCGGAUUCAUAUAUGCAAGUUGUACAUGCGUGUGUGUGCAUGGAAAAGCGUUUGAGGAUUUAUUUCACACUCGGCAGCCAUCUUAAGGUCGUACUGGUGCGUUCUUUUUCAUUUCAGCGCACUAGUAGAAAGACUAUCCGAGUAAAAGAGUCGUUCCACUAGUGCGCCGAAUUGUCAAAGCGUGUCCUCGUACAUAGAACUUGAGGUGGUCCUCAAGUACAUGUGAUAAAUGCUGACGGGAUUUUCCAUUCAUACGUGUGUGUGUAAGCAUGAUUCCACAUCCACUGGCCUGUACUGUUUCUCCGACCGUUGCUCCUCUUCCUCCCUCGUCUUAAUCGUGAUGAUGAUGAUGUCAGCCCGCGCCCCCCCCCCCCCCACGUCUCGUGUUUAUCGUCCAUCUCAGCUUGCCGUAAUUGUGUGUUUCGCUCCAACAAGCAUGUUUGCGGACUGUCGGCUGAAACACGAGGCAAAAAAAACACAGAAAAAAAAAUCAAGAUGGGAGGAAGAGUUCUAAGAGGAGCUUUUUUCUGCUGAAGGCAAUCAACCGGCAAGUCCUUUCUUUGUUGUAAAUGUUGUACUUGUUAAGUGUUUUGGAUGUUUUUCAGAGUCACAACUGGGGAAAAAAAGGGUUUAAAUGUAUGAAACUGCUGCAAGCUUUUGCUACUGUCACACCCAUACAUGAGCACAUGCUAGGCAACGUCAUCCUUUUAAGAGGAUACGCAUCAUCACUUGCUCGAAUAUCAUGUCUGGAAAUUUAUGACACCAUUAGGCACACACAAUUUCAUUUCAAAACUAGCUGAUCAACUGCUCAGACUUUUUAAAAAAUUUUGCUGGGCCCCUAAGAUUAGCAUUAUUUAUUUAUUUCCUAGGUUCUUUACAUUUGUAUCCGUUUUCUUUAUCAAAUUAUUUUUUUAUUUUUGUGUUCAGUUUCCCCCUACUUACACUUAGAAAUCUUAGGCACCAUGUUUUUGUUUUUGUUUUUGCAUUCCUCUAAUGGUUUUAAAGUCAAUCUUGAAAAACAACAACACAUUUUGUUUUUUUAAUGUAUGAUUAAUUAUUUUCCAUUACUAACAUUGAAAAUGUUUCUCCCCAAUAUGAGCAUUUUUGUUAUUUUUUUUCUUCACGAUCAUUUUAUCAGGCCAAUAAUGUGCACUGCACUUUCUUUUUUUUUAAGUUUUGCGAGCGUUGUCCAAUCCGUAACAUUACCACAGCCUCGAAGCUUCCUUCUGUUUUCCACCUGACAGACAAGACAGGGUAUGGAUCCACUUUUGCGUCUUAAUGUUGUACAUAGGUGUCACGUGACCAAACCAGAAGUGAUUGCACCAACUACCUAAACUUUAAACACAUUCAUCCACUGUGUAGCUUUUUGCAUCGUAUGAAUAUUUACUGUUUGCAGAGGAAAAACACGUGUUAUGGAGUUAUUGUCAAAGCCACAGCAACCGUACAGAAAUAUAUAUGCAGUUUUACAUGAUGAUGAUGAUGAUGAAUUAUGCAUGUGUUCUUUCUUGUCAUUUUUCACCUUUUACUGGAUGGACAAUUGACUCGUGUCACAGAGUAAAAAAAAAAAAAAGCCUCAUUAGCUUUAUGGAGAGAGUGAGGUAUAAAAAUGUAAAAGAUUGGAUGGAGGGUUUGUUUUUUUGCAUGAGCGUAGAAUUAAAUCAUGAUGACAGUGGUACAUUUACAAAGCUGUUUGUGUGGAUCGUUGUUCAUAGCUUGGUUAUUACUGGAAUAUUGAAGUGUAUUUAAUUAAAAAACGCAUUUUAAAAGUU